AUGAUAUCCCAACGCGACAGCAAGGUCAACAAAGACAUGUCCUUCUUCAGCUCUGAGAUAGCGCUCGCCACCAGAGCAGAUGGUGCAGCCAUGAAGACGAUCGCUCUUGUUACUUUGACGUUCUUGCCUGCCACGUUUGUCACAGUAAAUUUAUCCUUUUGGUUCCUAUCUCUUCGGCAAGGUGACAUGCUGACGUUUAUUUUAGNNGCACUCCUCGGCAUGAACUUCUUCACAGUCGACUCGAAGAUCCCAGGCGGACGGCUGACUUCGACGAAAGACUUGUGGAUCUAUUUUGUCAUCGCAGUGCCGUUGACAAGUAUUGUGCUGUGUUUCUGGUGGUGGUGGCAGAGCAACGAGGAAAAGAAAGCGGAAGUCCGCAAUAACCGAAUGAGGAGGGAGGGUGAUGUUGAGAAGAUUGGGUCCUAA